GGGUUCGGUUGUUGUGCCGCGGGGAGUCAGUCGGAGUGAACCAUCUCACUUUUUUUAAGCCUGUCUCUGUUGUCCACGUCCGCGCGCCGUCCUAGUCCUCACCGGCUGCGAUGAGUUGCGCGCCUCUGCGUUAGAAAACAGAAGAGAAACUUCAUAGAAAUGGCGGAGGGAGCCACGACUCUCAAAGGCUUGCGAGCCCAGAUGGCUGCUGCUGCACAGGCACAAGCAGAGGAGCGGCGCAGCUUGUCAGGGAACAGCCCAGGACCUACAGCCAACACAGCAGCUAAACCUCAGGGGUGUAGGCCAGUCAUUGACGGAGCUUCGCUUCGAAUAGACGACCGACUGAGAGUGGCGAAGGAGAGGCGAGAGGAAGCAGAGAAACAGCAGGCGUUGCGAGAAUCUCAGAUCAUGGAGCGGGAGCGCAAAGCCAAGCUUCAGGUGGAGCGUCAGAUGGAGGAGCGUCAGAAAAAGGUCGAAGAACAGCGAAAGAAGGAGGAGCAGAAACGACUGGCUGUGGAGGAAAAGAGGAAGCAGAAGCAGGAAGAGGAAAAGGAGCACUAUGAGGCAGUGAUGAGGAGAACUUUGGAACGGAGCCAGCGAGUGGAGCAAAGGCAGAAAAGAUGGUCUUGGGGAGGACAGUCCCCAGAUUCAGACACUCAGCGAGGAGAUUCUGAUGCCAGGGCUUCAUCUCCAGUAACUAUAGUUAUCUCUCCUGCCUCGCCAGAAAAGCCACCAAGGAAUCGACAAGUGGACAAGCGUUCCACAUCCACCAUGAACCUGAAACAGCCGUCUGAGGCUGGUAUCAGCAAACGCCUUUCCUCCUCCUCUGCCACCCUCAUCAAAUCACCUGACAAACGUGUUAAGCCGAGGAGUUCCUCUUGUAACCGGUUGCCUAGCAAUGGCAACGCUGCUCAGGCCAGUAAGGAAGACGGCAAAAAGCAACCGACAGGCAGCUCCGUCAAGACGAGAAGUUCCUCCCUCACGCGAGUAAGUGUGGGCAGAGGACAAACCCCUGCCAAGCCUGAUAAGGGGACAACGGAUGAUCAAGCUCGCAGGCCACCGGUCAGUACUGUGGAAGGAGAGAUCCUUAGUCGCCUGCUCACCCCCACCCAGGCCUCACUAGCUAGGAGCAAGAGCGCCGCCGCCCUGUCCGCUGAAGGAACAAUUGCUCCAGAGUGUCACCUGUGUCCUCGCUCAGCCUCGGCCAGCCCCCUGCACCCACCGCGUGGUCCGGUGCGCAGCCGCAGCAUCGACCGACAAAAGAGCGGCAUGACCACGUCCGUGUCGGCCGACGGAGCCCUCGACCCUUCACUGAAAGAGAAACGGUUAUCAUCACCGGGUGGGCAACGUCCCGCCUCCCCUUCCUCUACGCUGGUGCGCAACCGCUCUCCGUCCCCGGCCCCCAAUCCAUCUCCAAAGAGGACCCCUUCGCCUGGAGCAGCCAAGUCCAGUUCCAAGAUGCGCCCACCAUCACCAGGUGGAAUGAAACAGCGCCCCCCAUCUCCACAGUCCACAUCUAACAAGCCCCCGCCCAUCCAGAAACCGUCUCUCACUCCGACUGGGCCGCCCAUGUUACGGAAAAGAGACUCCAAGUCUAAGGACAUGUUUCCUGUCCAAGCUACCACUCCACAGUCCUCCGAGCCCACCAAGACCAAAGAGAAAGAGGACGCAAAGGCCACGGCGGGCACUAACUCAGCUGCCGAGGCUGCCAAGAUCCUGGCGGAAAACCGAAGACUGAUGCGAGAGCAGAAGGAGAAAGAGGAGCAGCUGAGGGUGCAGAAGGAGGAGGAGGAGAAGUUGAGGAAAGAAGAAGAGAAGCGUUUAGCCGAGGAGGCCCGACUGAAACGUCUGGAGGAAGAGAAGAAGCUCGCGGAGGAAAGGAAAAUGAAAGAAGAGGAAGACGCUCGUUUGGCAGAGGAGGAGAAGGUGAGGCUGGCAGAAGUGGAAGCGCUGAAACAAGCCGAACUCCAGAAGGAGCGGGAGGAGGCUGAGGCCAAGGCCCAGGAGGAGGCGGAGAGAGUCCGCCAGGAGAGAGAUCGCAUAAUGCAGCAGAACCAGGAGGAGCGAAUGCAGAGAAAGAAGAGAAUUGAAGAGAUAAUGAAGAGAACCAGAAAAGGGGAUCAAGGCGACUUAAAGAGAGACGACGAUAAGCAGGACAUUGAGGAUGAUGGAGAGGACCCGAUAAACUGUGAAGCUGCAGACAAUUGUGACGAAGCAGACAUGGUGGCAUACAGAGAGGAAUGUGAUCUGUCCUCCGGCGACCCCGCGGUGGCACAGGAGGAGUCUUUGGGCAGCGUGAACGGCAAAUCAGAGACGGACGACAAGGAGAAUAACAACGGCACGAGUCCAGACGACAGUCAGGCAGGAAGUCCAACUCCCAAAGAGCGUCUCGUGGAGGGUUCCGAGUUCGUGAACGAGCACGAUUCCUCCAAGGUGGGUUUGGUCUCGAGCCUCAACGGGAAAUCCACCCAGUGGAGCUUCGAGGAGCUCAUCGACGUCAACGCCCACCCGAAGACCCGGCCCCUCAUCGAGGCCGAGGACUGUAAUCAAGUCUUGAUCAACUGUGACGGAAACUCCGACGGGACCAAAGUAGCCUUCGAAGACAAGGAAUCCCCCAUCAACGCACUGCAUCCCUCCAAUCAACCUUUAGAAGCCAUGUCAGAGAUUUGAUGCCGUGGCCGCCGCUGAGUAGCCUUCUACUGUUGCACUCCUGAAGUUCCUGUCCAGCUGAGCUCCUUAAAUCCUCUGUCAGUUCCAGACAGCUUCCUCCUCCUCCUCCUCCUCCUCCUCCUCCUCCUCCUCCUCUUCCUCAUGAGGUGAAGUGGAAAGACAACCCUGAGUGCACGCCACGCCGCGAGGAAACGACUAUAUUAAAGCUAUAAAAUGAAACAAUGUUAUACUUCAGGGAAAUUCAGCGUGUUCCUUCCGUGCGUUUGCUCACUCUCGGCCUCUUUCCUCUUUCUCUUCUGUUAACUUCCUUCUUCCAAUUUCGUGUCGAGUUUUGAUGAUGUUUUUUAAGAGUUUUUUCGUUGUCCGGAGUGCAUUGUUGUAAUUUAUUAAUUGUGGCUUCUUUGUUAAUGUAAUUAUUAUCAUACGUUUAGUAUUUUUCCUUCUCCUGUACGAGAAUAUUCCAGGACAGGUGCACAUUAGAAUGUGUGAAUUAUACAUCUUGUGAACUAAUGGAGGAAACAUUCUGCUUUGUCAGGAUUUUUUUUUUCCCCCCAGUGGGCAGAGCGUCGUUUGCAUGAUUCAUGGAAAAUUACUUGACUAGCUGCUUUUUGCAGCAUCCAGUAAUAUGGCCUUACCAUUUUUCUCUCUCCCAGCUUCUAAACAUCAAGUGCAAAUCUUCUAAAUUGGUCGUGCUGAGGCUCAUAAACGCACAGUUUUAACUUCCAGCCACGUGCUUUCUCUGGGAGUUCUCUGCUCCUCUCACUCACUGCGCCUCAGCUUGUGUUUCCUUCUUUGGCCACAAGAGGGCUCACAAUACUCGGAGGCUGAAUCUGUUGUGAAUUCGCUCAUUCAGUGGUGUGACUCUGGUCAAGUUAGGUCUCGACGUCUGUACAUAGGGCUUGUGUUUACUAACAUGGUUGUGAUUUCCAUGAGUCUUGAGUUGGACUGAGUUUCAUUCCCAUAACUUCACUGAGAGCGUCUGCUCCGCUCAGCUGUUCAGGUAACACACACACUUAAAGCUGAACUCUAACACUCUCAUCGCUGCUUCUUAAGGGGACAGGCGUUUGUUACUGAACUUGAAUGUUAGGCUGUCUAGCUGUGGAAAUGUUGUGUGAUCUGGUUUUAGCGUGAAUAUCCAACCGUUGGUUUGCUGGUGUGACUUCCUCUUUAAUUCCUCUGACACACUUCACACUAGCUGCUACUUCUGAC